AGUGUCGCGAUUGGAUUGGACAGGAUCGCGAUAGCAAGGAAAGGUCACAAUCGCCAUCCAGCGGUGAUAUAUAGAACUAUUCAUACCCGGCCAUUGUUUCUGUUGUACGAUUCACUGUCGUGGUGUUCAUAAUCAGAGUAAAUCAUGGCAAAGUCGAAGAACCAUACGGCACAUAAUCAACACAAGAAGAACCAUAGAAAUGGAAUCAAGAAACCCAAGAGGUACAGGAACGAGCACACCCGAGGCGUUGACUCCAAGUUCCUGAAGAACCUCAAAUUCUCCAGAAAACACAACUUGAAGCCAGCACAGCAGCUCAAGCGCGCAGCCGAAAGAGCCGCCGCUAGAGCAGAAAAGGCUGUUCAGACGAAAUAAGCAUGUUAAUUCUUUUUUCCAAUGUCUUAAAAUAAAAUGGCUUCAACUAUUGUCUACUGUGAAAAAAUGCGAUGCUGUAUCCUUUAACACAAACAUUUAUUAGUUACAAAUAUUUGGAAUUAAUAUGCAAAUCGAGUAAUAUAUCUAUGAACUCUGAAUGGGAUGCAUAGAGCUUCAAGUCUUUGGUCAAAUCCCUCCACUUGACACCAACUGCGUCAUCUCCAAACUGCAGUU